AUGGCGGAAGCGCAUGAGUCGUACGAGUUUCGCGAGACGAGCUCAUGUCCCUCGAUAAAUAUAGGGACGGGUUCUGAGAGAUCAGGGAUGGAGCUUGAAAGUUCGUUUGGCACGAUAUACACCGAUGUCACAGAUGGACAGGACGAUGAUCAGUCUGUAAUUCGAAAUAUUAAUUCAAGUGUGGACUACAGCCGGGGUUCUCAGUGGGUCGAGAACCGGAACCAGAUGAAGAAUGAGAACAGGAACCCCACGAAGAACGAGAACAGCAGGUCCGGAAUCAUAAACAAGAAUGCCAGCUAUAGCGACUAUAAUGGCAGCUCUAGAGCAGUAACUCAAUACGAUACUGAUAGUAAUAUUGGAGAUAUGAAGAGCAGUUCACUGUCACAGCUGUUAAAAGGUGAUGUAUCGUGGUCACCACUGCGCAGUGAGACCGGGUUGUCGUACGUACAAGAGACAUCGACACCUGUGUCAGAAAAAAGCAUCCAAAGUACUUUAAACGAUCCAAUUCUCCAACAGAGUACUCCAGAACACAAAUAUGGUAGUCCUGUGACAGGAUCCAAAAGCCCCAGACGUGUUUUGAAGAGUGUUAGUCCUAAUAUUGUAGCUAGAAGAGCCAUACACCGAACAAAACCAGUAGUGAGACACAGUCCACACCACCUAAGAUCCAGAAACAGCAUCUCUCGCUUUCAUCGUUCGUUCGAAGUCGAAGGACCAGUUAUUGUCAGUCCCAGACAUACGGUAAACAUUGUGCGAGAAGCUUCUCAAUGCAGUCUCUCCCGGGAACAAAUACACUACCUGCGAACGCGGCAGCAGCAACAGCAGCAGAAAAACGAGUCCCAAAACCCAAUAUCAAUAAACAGAUCACAAACACCCUCUUCUUCGAUCGCAGACAGCUCAAGCACCAGUUUCACAGGGUUUGUAAAACGGCGACCACGAGUCGAUUCGAGCCUUCACUCGUCACCACCAGUACCAAACUACGCCAAUCUUCUCCUGAGAAACAGGCCCCAUCUUUCAAACACAUCUGGAGACAUUUCUAAUUCAGAUGGAUCCUUCCAGUCGCACUUCUACUCGCAUUCCUCUUCGUUCAACCAGCAACAGCAUCAAUCAUACCAAUCAUACCAAUCAUACCAAUCACGUCAACAAUACCAACAAUACCAACAGUAUCAACCAUACCAAUCACACGACUCAUACCAACAAUAUCAAUCACAUCAAUCAUAUCAACCACGCAAUUCAACACACCAAAACUACCCAACAGAAGCUUCUGACAAUUACAGCCAAUAUGACGACUCAUCCAUCCUCACCGACAGCAGCUACUACACACCGUCGUACGACCAGACCGACUCGAUGAUGUCUCAGCAGGAAAGCUACUACUCACAACCGCAACCACAACCACAAUCACAGCCUUCUGAUAGCAAUAACUGGCAGGAAGCACCGCCACUGUUCAUGAACCCCGACCUCCCGUCAAUUCUCUCAUCGUACCUACAACUGAGUUUCAACUUUGGAAUGAUGUCGCUGUUAAUAUACUCGAUAUGGAUCUUCCUCAUAACUGUGCAGCACGACGUGGAGAACAAAAUCCAGGAAUACUCUGCCGACAUUCUAGCAGAAAUAGCCCAGUGCUCAAAAGAAUACAUCGGUAACAAUUGCAUGCCCCACAAGCGAGUGCCAGCCCUCGAAACGACCUGUAACAACUGGGAAAAGUGUAUGAACCAAGACCCCAUGCUCAUUGGCCGUGCACGAGUCAGCGCCGAAACAUUUGGCGAGAUCAUCAACAGCUUCCUCAACCCCAUCGGCCUACGAUCCAUGUGCUUCCUCAUCCUCGCCUUCAUCGGUUCCUUUAUCCUCGUCAACCUCUCCCUCUCGCACCACCCCCACAGCGCCCGCACUCCCAAAACCAAACGACCCCGUCGCAAACCCCCAGCGCAACCGGUCGUCAUCUUCACCACCCCACGCACCUCACGUUGA